CAUUUUCUUUCUUUUUGCAGAAGCAGUUAUAAAAAACAUUGUUUUUUUUUUUUUGGGUAUACGAUUCUCUGUUCAGCUAUGAAAUUGAUCCUCUCCGACGCUAACAACAACACAAUUCAAAUUUCAAUUCAAUUUCUGCGUUUUUUAACAGAAGAACCAAAUCGAAUAAAAAUUGAGCUGUGUGGUGUGAUUAAUUAAAUGGGGGGUGAAAAAACGAAGAGAGUGGUUUUCGUGACUGUAGGAACGACUAGUUUCGACGCUCUGGUGAAAAGUGUGGAUUCAGAAACUGUUCAAAAAGAGUUACUUGCAAAAGGGUAUACCCAUCUUCUUAUUCAAAUGGGUCGUGGAUCCUAUCUUCCUACCAAGUCCGAAGGAGAUUGUACAUUGGCUGUAGAUUACUUCACUUUUUCUUCCAGUAUUGCUGAUCAUAUCAGAUCUGCUUCUCUUAUCAUUAGCCAUGCAGGGUCAGGUAGCAUAUUUGAGACGCUGCAGCUAUGCAAACCUUUAAUUGUGGUUGUAAAUGAGGAUUUGAUGGAUAAUCAUCAAAGUGAGCUUGCGGAAGAACUUGCAAAUAGAAAACAUUUGUUUUGUGCUAGUCCUCAAACACUCCAUCAAACCAUUGCUGAUAUGGAUUUAAAUGCUCUCCGUCCUUACUCUCCAGGUGAUGCUACGCCAGUGGCCAAGCAUAUAAACAGAUUUCUUGGUUUUCCUGAUGAUUGAGCCGAAGACUUUCUUGUAUUUUUGCUCUAUUAUCAGAGACCGUGCUUGUAGAUUUAGGAACUCUUGUACUUCGGUAUUCAACAUGUGACUUCUGCAUAUUUAGUCGUGUGGAAAAUUGUCUAAGAAAGAAAGAACUGUGUACCACAUGUUCAAAUUGUCUACUUGAUGUUGAGGUGACUCAGGCAUCGUGUUUUUAUUCUAAAUCAAGCAUCAUGUUUAGACAUGUCAUUCUUUGCUCCUA